CCGUAACGGAGGUGCCUGGCGAUCCGAAUGCGGUGCUGGCUGGACAACCAACGCAGAGCAAGUUUCAGUUGGGGCCGAGGGCCCCUCGGGCUUAUCGAACCAAGGCGGCCAGGCGAACGGGAGGUGGCAAUGGAUCGCAGGCAAAUGGGUCCAGUGACAUCAAUAUUGGACGAGAGACGGGUCAUGUGAUAAGUCACGGGACAGCCCAGCCAAAUGGCGGCUAACCAAGAACAACCACCAAUUGCCAAGAAUUAUUUCCUACGCUAACUCAUUUAUGGCCUAGCCCGUUAUCCCACUCCCACAAUUCUCAGUCGAAACUUCCUGCGCACAUUCGAGAUCUUUGACCGAGAGUUCUCAACACCACCACUUCCCAUCGCCAACAACAUCGACAAAGAGAGACCUGCCCAUCAUGUCUCUCGUCAGUGGAGAGAAGUCGAACUUCCAGUUCAUCCUCCGUCUCCUCAAUACCAACGUCGAUGGCAAACAGAAGAUCAUGUACGCCUUGACCCGCAUCAAGGGUGUCGGUCGCCGUUAUUCCAACUUGGUGUGCAAGAAGGCCGAUGUCGAUUUGAACAAGCGUGCUGGUGAAAUCACAUCCGAAGAGCUCGAACGAAUUGUUACCAUCAUCCAAAACCCCACCCAAUACAAGAUUCCCGAAUGGUUCCUCAACAGACAACGCGAUAUUGUUGAUGGCAAGAACUACCAAGUCCUGGCCAACGGUAUGGAGAGCAAGCUGCGUGAGGAUUUGGAGCGCCUGAAGAAGAUUCGUGCCCAUCGUGGUCUGCGACACUACUGGGGUCUCCGUGUCAGAGGUCAACACUCCAAGACCACUGGCCGACGAGGCCGAACCGUUGGUGUCAGCAAGAAGAAGGGUUAAACAAAUCGCUCAGGGAUCUCUUGUUUCGGUCAGCGCGAUUUUUUCGAUGAUCAUGGGUCUCGGUCCACUAUCAAGACAGCAUUCGACAUACUCGAAGGUGCAGAUGUGAUGGGUGUUCUCCACAGACCUGACCACCUCAUAGAGGUCGUCGUCAUCGUUUGUUAGAUACGGGCACAACAUUUCAAAAAGGAUCAAUAAGUCUACCUUGACCACCGAUUUUACGUCUUGCUGUUUUCGUCCAAAUCCACUGGCG